CGGGAGGUACUCCCAGUAGCACCGUAGAGAUACCAGGCAGCCUACGGUGGCCUGGCUGCCAGGCUAAGAGUGUGAGCGAAGUGCGGGGUUACGGGUUCGAGUCCCGGUAGAUUUGGAACACAUGCAGUGGCGGUCCCGGGUCGGUAGCUGAGGGCAGGUAGGGCCGUGGGGGUUCGGAGCAGGCGACGGUGUUUAGGAACGGCGAGGUUUUAUCGUUCACAGCCUCUCAAUCUUUCCAAUUAAACUGCGUCGUUCUUCAACACGUGAAGGCAGGUCGGGGUUGGUGUGAGUAGCGAGACUCCACGACAGCGUCUCACACAACAACAACUCAGCGAGGAAGGAAGGGACUUGAAAAGGCAUCCGCACAAGAAACGCAAUGAUGUUGUUGUGUGCGGUGCUGACGUCACUAGUUGCCAUGGCGACGGGCGCAGCUGUGCUGAACAAGGAGGGCAGCACGGUGAAGAAGCUGGUGCUGUUCCCGGAGAAACACGCCUGGUGCGAGACCCAGCCCAUCAAACAGGUGGUUGGAGAGCCAGGCUGUAACUCCGUGGAAGUCAACAACAACGUGUGCCUGGGGCAGUGCAUCAGCUACCGCGUGCCCAAAACCUACCCGGCAGAGCCCUCUACCGAGGAGCUCAAGUACUGCGACGUCUGUAAACCGUCCAACAGCACUUGGCAGAAGCGGCACGCGCACCAGCGGCGGGCGGAGGAGACGGAGGACCCGCCGGACCUACAGAGGGACGUGCAGCAGAGACACACGCCGCCGCUCCGGUCCGAGGAACGAGACCUGGGGAACGAGGACUGGGCAGACGACGAUGACGUCACGUACGAGAACUGA